AUGCGGAUGGCUUGGAGCCUAGCACAAGGAGCGACCUUCAGCGCCCUUGGAAGCAACUUGUUCGUGAUCACUGUCAAUUGCUUGGGUGACUGGAGAAAGGUCACGGAAGGUGGUCCAUGGUUAUUCCGGGAUCAAGGUGUGCUGAUUGAGAGGUAUGAUGGAUUCACAAAACAGGAUGAUGUGGUUCUGGACAAACUGUCAGUGUGGAUUCAGAUUGUUGAUCUCCCCCCAUUGUACCGGAAGGAUCACAUCAUUAAGUCCCUGACCAAGAAAGUAGGGAAGGUGGAGAACGUGAUGCUUAACCCUAGAUGGGGAAACGGAAGGAUUGUGCGUGUUCGAGUAAAAUUAGAUGUUAAUGAGCCUUUGAUGCGUUUCAUAUCCAUAACUAAAAAUCAGAAGAAGGUCUAUUUCUCAAUCCUUUAUGAGAAAAUUCCUGUUUUUUGCUAUGUAUGUGGGUACAUGGGUCAUACACAUCUGGAACAUGGCAACGGCAAACACACGCCUGAGAGUAUGGAUUGGGGCGAGUGGAUGCUAGCCCCUAGACCUGGUGCUCAACAACAAGGACAGGGAGGUAUUCCAGUUCAGAGGGGAGACCCAGGUGAGGGUGUACAACGUGGCAAAAGCACUAAUGAUAAUCUGCAGGAUGACGCCAAUAGCCCCGUGGAAAAUCUGAGAGAUGAGAUUCUGAACAAGGCAAAUAGCAGAAAGAGGCUUAAUUAUGAUGCAGCUGUGUCUGACCCGAAAUCCAUGCAACUGGUGAUUAAGGAGACCGGAGUGCUUGUGGCGGUUCACGGGGCUUUAUGGUGA